GGAAAAAACCCAAAUUGGCAGAGAGAGCUUAUUACCAGUUUCCAGCAGGCGCAGCAGCAAUUGGACGACGGCAGGGCAGGGCAGAAGCAGUGAUCCAUACCUCAGUAGCAAUUGUGAAUUUUCCAGACGGAAACAGCGGUUCCCGACAAACAAUCUGGAUUUCUCCAUUUCAGACAAGCGCAACAGCUCUCAUCAAUCCACUACCAAAAUAUAUUUAAAAAAAACUCCGUACCUUCUUCCCCAAACCCAACCCUAAACCUAAACCUAAACCUAAACCUAAACCUUCCUCAAUCUCCAACUAUUGCGUGCUUUCAAAAUAGAGUUAUGGAAGAAAGUUCAAAUUCGGAUUUCCGGUUUCAGUCUCUUACACCGUAGUAGAAGAAGAAGCGGGCGUUUUACGGCGACUAAGGAUUGGCAGCACAAGUGAUACUAAAACUAAGAUUAAGUGGAAGGAAGGUGAAGAAAUGGGGAGCUUCAUUUACCAUGUAUUCUCCUCAUCGGCUCUCUUCUCUCUGGGUCUCUACCAUCUCAUCUCUUCCACCUACACCCACCUCAAGUCCCCUCGUGAAUACUCAGCCAAACCCUUCUAUCACCUUUCCCUCUUUCCCUCCUCAUCCCCCCGCCUCCGCUACCUUCCUCUCUACCUCAUCAUCCUCUCCCUUCUUAUUGCCUCUGCCCACCAAGCCUUCAUCUCUUUCGACUCAGACCCACUCCUCAAGGGCCGCACCCCUGUCCAUCGCUUCACUUCCCUCCACUCUUCUGCCCUUCUCCUUUGCUUUCUCCUCCUCUCUCUCUCCCUCCUCCUUUCUGACUCCACCUCCCUCCUCCCCCUACCCCCUGAAAUCUUCUUUGUCAUCGCCUCUGCCCUCUUCUUUCUAUGCUUCUCUGCCUCAUCUUCCUCUGCGUCUUUCCAGACCUCUGAUCUGCAGGCCAAGUGUGACUCUGUCUCCGCCCGCAUCUCUGCCAUCUCCUCCCUCCUCUCCCUCACCCUCGCUUGCAAUCCCAGACUCUUUGUAGCUGAACUUCUCUUUGCUGCCUCAAUUUGCCUUCACGGCCUCUGGGUCCUUCAAACUGGUCUCUCCCUCUAUGUUGAUGCAUUCAUCCCCGAGGGCUGCCACAAGCUAUUGGAUGUUGUCAGUGGUGUUGAGGGCUCCACCAAGUGUGAUUUGGAGGAUUCCAAGCUAAGGGCCGCUGCCCUCCUUGAUUUGGUCUUUGUUGUCUACGUCUUCUUUGUGCUGCUCAUUUUAAUGGUCGCUUACGCAGUUCUUGCCAGGGCCCUAGGCAGGCGAUUUGGCUCUUACGAGGCCUUACCCACAUCUGCAAGCCCUGUGGAUUCAAACCAUAUUCAGAUGAAGGCCUUGGCUGGCACACAGGCUUAAUCAGGAUCUCUACCUUUAUGGUUUUACUGUUUAAGUAUUUUUUAAAAAGUAUCAUGGAGUUCUGGACUGUUGCAUCUUGAUUCUGUGGUAAUAGUACCAUUUCCCUUUAAUUUCAGAGUAUGUCCAGACAUUUAGGUAGUGGUAUCCCGUAUCCUGAGAAAUGGCUUAGUACACCAAAUACCCAAGUGGUUUAUUGCUUUUGUAUUAAACCCUGUUAAAGAUAUGCUUAAUGCGCAUUUUAGAAGAUAUUGUUUACAAUGCUCCGAAUAGAGUUUAAGAAGUUUAACGAAUGUUGAGCGAUUCUUUGUUUGGAUUUGAGCUUGUGUGUUCUUGGGGUUGUAUUUUGAGGUGGAGUUACCAUCUGUACUCACCUAGGACAAAUCUGGUUCUACCAUUGCUUGUGGAACAGGUCUCAGUGCCCAAACUAUGUUUGAAAUUUUAUGUGCUUUUUUCUUUCA